GCCUGGUGUGUUUCUAUCAACCUGUGAGAUAUGUGUCGGCCUUUGUGUGUGUGUGUUUAGAAGCGUGUGUCCGCUUACAGAAAUGAAAAUCCUGGUUGGUAAGAGGGGGGGAAAAAAAGCAUAUACAUAUUUCUGUGUAAUACAGUGGCACGUUUUAUAUCCACUUAGUUCAAGGGUGUAUGUGUGAUGACCUACCUGUGUACUGAUAAAGGUCCCUAUAGAGAUAGUCUGUCUUUGCCAAUCUCUAGCUGUACACGUUAUUUGACCCAGAUAAGAGGGUCUACUCGUGAAGGAUUACAAACUAAAAUACAUAACAUUUGGUUUAUGGAGCUAUUGUCUCAAUGACCUGACGGGAUUAGGCAAUUUACUACACUCGUUUCAUAAUAUAGAUGAGGUAUUUGCCCACCAGGAUAACGCCAUAUUGAAACACACCAUCAAUCCAGGCAGAGCAGUGCAAAAAUAGCAACCUCGGUCUCCCACUUAUGCAUGAUUAUGGUCAGCCAUGACGUAUAAAAGGGGACGACAUUAAUCUGAAAUGAAGCACGACUUGAAGAAAAUUAAAGGUACAUUGUAAAAAAAAGACUUUCCUGCCUGCCAAAUAAAUAACCUGGUAGAGUAUGGAUAGCACCGGUACAUCAUUGCCUGCCAACCUCACUAACCUGACCACUUUCACCACGGGCAGCGAAACGACGCUUGGAAACGCGUCUAUAAUGACGUCACCGUCUCAUCAUACGUCAGGCGCCGAUGAGAACGUCGCUGGGAAAGCCAUCGCUGUUAUUAUCACGCUGGCUGCUGUAGCAGUUCUAGCUGUCCUGGGAUACUGUUAUCUCAAGAGAAGCGGUAAACUGGCCAGGCUAUCGUGCUACAAAUAUCAAAGAACCAGAAGGUCUUCCACUUCCAGCAGCAGAAGAGCCCUAGAUGAGAACGAUGUGAUGGAUCCCCCUGUGCCAAAGCAGGCCCAGGACGACAUGUUCACCAUCGAAGAGUACGACGACGCCCACGAGGAAGUGGCCAACAAGGAAGAGUACUUCUACGAUGAGGUGUUUGGCCAGUCCGAGUUUGAGGACGAGGCCACCAACACGGCCAUGCGGGAGCUGUACAGCACGCGAGAGUCUGGCGGGGAGAAUGACGAGGAGAUGCUUGACCUGGACUUCGAGACUCUAGGCAUCAAGAUUGAUAAAAUGGACUCGCUAAGGAAAAGUGGGAAGUAACUCUUGUGGGCGGACCAUAGAAUGUAUUUACACAGGUUGCUGCCCUUUAAUGGUGUGAUAAACAUGCCACCGCCAGUGCGUGCAUAAUUGUGAUCAGGAGAUUCUCAUAAGUUCAAAGGUCAUAUUCGUGUGAUACAAGUUAAUAACCUCGAAUCACUUAAGAAAUUCAUACAGCUUUGUGAUAAAAAGGUAUAUAAGACACGAGCUUUGUUGCAAUGACAGUAUGUGUGGUAUUCGAAUUCAUUCGAUGACCCUUAUAGCUUGUAUGUUAUAAGUGUAUAAAGUGAACCAAAUUUUAAUAAUUUCAAAUUGACGUCAAAAAAAAAAAAAAGGGGCACAACUUAAGUAUUCUUUUUCUGAUUAUGGCUCUUUGAAAUUCCUGAUAAUUUAUUAUUUCUUCAUUUAAAAAAAAGUGUAUAUUUUAUUACUAUAACAUUCUUUCAAUAAUUCCUAACAAAACUCUCAUGAUGUAUGAUACUACUAAUACUCGACUGCCUACCAAUCUAGCGAUGAUGUAAGCUAUCAACAUGUCAUAUAUAUGUAAUUGGUAACACGUCUUUAAAUUACUGUUUACAAAGGAGCCGGCUGGCAGUGGUCACUAACGUUCCAUGUAAAGUAUCCUGGCCGGCCCCCAGCCCACCUGACCUGGACUAAGGAGGCUGCAAGUGUUGACUUUUACAAUGGAGCAACGAAGUAUAUAUGACUGCAUUCAUUGCUUUUUUAUAUCUCUAUGUCUAUUUAUAAGAAUCUGUUUGCAUAUGGAAUUUAGGACCCAAUGAGAUUUUAUUUCUUCAUGGACACUGCCAAAUAACAAUAUUUGAUUAACAGUCUUUAAAAAAGUAGGCUGCUAAAAGCCUCCCGUGAUGAAGGCCUAGGGUGAUUUGAUUUCAGCCCUUUGUACUUGUCAAAUUGUUAAGACUGUCUCCAGCAAAAAACAAAAACAGCAUCAGUGUUUCUUCUGUAUUCCAAGUCUUAAGACAAAGCAAAAAACAAGUUAAAAUUAUUUCACACCAUUCCACCACUUUUGAUCCAAAAGGUUAAACUGCUAAGGCGUUAAAAAAUUACAAGAUUACUACUGCCUAAAAAUGCAUAAUUGCCCAUUUUAUUAAACCAUUGCUUACUCCAGUGCACAGUAGCCUACUUGC